AUGGACAGCACCGUGGAGAGCACCGUGGAGAGCACCAUGGGCAGAGAUAUUCAUCUGAACCAGAGACUGUCGAUCAAGGGCGAAUUGUGUACUGUGAAGUACCUGGGUUCGCUGCCCUGUUGGCCAGAUGAUACUGCUGUUGGCGUCGAGUGGGACGAGAGGGCUGGAAAGAACGAUGGUGAAUACAAUGGCGAUAAGUUGUUUGACGUUACACGGCGCCAGAGCGGGUCCUUUCUGAAGCUCUCAAAGUGUCGAGUCGACGAGAAGAGGCUGCUAUCGACCGCACUGAUGUAUCAAUAUGGCGACAGCGCCAAUGUUGAAGAGAUGAAGAUCGGGAAGAAGCGAGUUGAGAUCGUUGGGUUCGAUAAGUUACAGUCGCAGUUUGACGUGCUAAGGGUGGUUUCGCUGGCUAGAAUGUGUGUCUAUGAGUUGGAUUCUGCUAUUCAGCUGCCGAAGCUGGAGUCGCUCGACUUGAGCUUCAACCUGUUGCAAUCGUUCACCAACGUGCUAUCGUUCAUAGAGUGCCUUCCCUCUAUACAGAAGCUGAACCUCACUGGGAACAGGUUUGACGACAAACCUUGCGAAGCCAUGUGCACAGUGCCCCUUGUGAGUCUCAAUAUGACAAUGACAUACCCAGGCGACGGUAUCCUGAAGUCAGUCCACCGGUGUUUACCAACCUUGGAGGAAUUGGUUCUGUGUGAUAAUGCGAUGACCAGUGUAAAUGAUGAGAUUGGGCAGAUGCCGCUUCGUAGCUUGGAUCUGUCGAUGAACAGAAUCACCCAGAUCCCAUCAGUGUCGCAUACCGUGAAGAGCUUGAACUUGAGCUUCAAUGAGAUCGAAACGUUGACGACGCUGUUGACAGUGCAUCACAGCUUACAAGCCUUAGAUCUAAGGCAUAACUACAUCAGCCAUUGGGAUGAAAUCGACUCCAUUACGACACACUACCCACGCUUAACAAGGCUGAGGAUAAACAACAACCCGUUGUUUGCAUCGAUCCCAAUUGAAGAGGCAGAGUUUGAGAUAAUAUCCAGGAUAUCGAGUCUGGAAAGAAUCAACGGACAUGACAUCACAGAGAAGGAGAGAGAGAACGCAGAGCUUUGGUGGUUAUCACAAUGGCAUACAUCUCAUCCUAAAUGGAAAGAACUAUGUGCCAAAUACAUCACGGCAACAAAACCGUCCAAUUUAAGAUACCGUCAAGCUGUGACACACUUCGGCUGA